GACAAACACAGCCGGAGCCAGCCAGCCCAAGCAAAGCACUCGCGCACGCAAGCGACAAACAAACAUGGAGCCCAACGCUACCAUUCUGCGCGUCAAGAGAAAGCGGGGCACCGACCCCGCGGACGCCUUGCUGCUCGCUUGCAAGCGCAUCCGACCGGAGACGAACCAGGCUCCGGGCGACACGGCACCGGAGCCCGGCGAGGCCGACGUGGAGAAGUCAGUGUUCAAACUCGUGGCCACGGUAGCGACACAGGAUGCCCCCGUGCAGACGGAGGUCCGUCAGGCCCUGGCCCGACCCCGCGUGGCUCAUGCCCUGCGGCCAUCCGCUAACAGCUCACACCGCAUCUUCGGCGACCUCCGCAGCGCUAAGUUGGGCAUCCGGCGCGAGGAGCGUUACCGGAUCCUCUCCAGCCACCGCACUGCAGGCGGCCUCGCGCUGCCCACGCAGAGACGCCAGGCAGGCGAUGGCGCCACCGCCGCGGUGGAGGAGGAGCAAGAGGAGGGUGAAGAUGCCCGCAAACGGGAGAAGUGUUUGGGUCUCGGGGAGGUCCAGGUGGUUGAUCUCUUGCAUGAAGAUCUCCCGGAGCAGGACAAAUCCCUCAGCAAGCAGUCAGACCCUGACGUGAUCCUGUGCAACAGCACAAAGAUGCUACGGGAGCGCCUCUGCAUCCGCGACCAACAGCAGCAGCAGCGUCGGCCACACGACGGCAGCGAGGGGGACGACGAAGCCGACUACGUCUACGACCUCUACUACCAAGAAACGGUCACGCCAGGGUGGAUCCUCGACAUCCUGUCCGUCAGGGCCUACGCAGACGACACUCAACUGGUUCCCGAGGAGGUAGCUGGCGAGGUGGAGGAGUACGACGACGAGGACGACGAGAACGAGGAAGGCAACUGGAGGAACGACUACCCCGAAGAUGAGAGCGACGACAGCGACAGAGAGGAACGCUACGGACAUCACUGGGAUGAGGAUGACGAGGAGGAAGGGGAGAACUCGGUGUACCGCAGGAGCUGGCAACGCUAUCAGAGAGAUCUGCUGCAACAGCUCAGUCACCACCAAGACCACCAGCGGGACCACGACGUUGACGACACAGACAAAUACGAUUCAGACUGAAUCCGAAUAUGUCCUUUCUAUUUUUUAUUAAGUACACUUGUGCGUGCGUGUUUUCGGUAUGCUUUGUGCUGUUAGCGUGCGGUGCGUUCAAUUGCGUACGUGUCUAGAGUGUUUUGUAUACUGUGAAAGCUUGCGUUUGGUUGUGUUGUGUUGCGAGAUCGGUAAUUUGGGGGCUCGUCAAUUUUGGACCACCUUUUUGUUUGUUGAAGUUGAGCGUGUUACAACAGAACGAAUGCUUGUUGGAUCUCAAUAUUGUG